AUCGGGACAUUCUCACUCAGGUUGGUUCCGAUCGAUGCGGGAUCGAGUUAGCUCCCCUGUUAGCCGCUCGCUGAUCUUGCACAGGAAAGAAGGCAUGGGUCUUCCGGUUGGAUUUCCAGAGGGGCAGCAGAGGCUCACAGUGCUGUAUAAGGCGGAACUGUUGCAUUUGCCGUGUUUCACCCGGACGACUGCUGAGGUGGUGCAGCGCCCGAUCAAUGAUCACAGGAGCGUGAUGCAGUGUGGGUGGCUUCAGUCAGGUCCGCAGCUGUGGCUCAGCUGCGUCCACAGACAGGUGAUGGUGAAGGCGCAGGGGGAGGAGCACCGUGGGUGGCUGCUGACCGUGGAUCCGGUGUCCCGCAGCGUGGUACUGCUGGACCUGCGGGCGGAAGGUGCUUCGGUCCGGGUGGUCAUGGGCCACGCUGUGGAACAUGUGGAGGUUCUGCAGGAGGCAGACCAGGAGACGUUGGAGCGGAUCCGCUCCUUCUUCGUCCCCCAGGAGACCCUCAGCCUGGACCCAGAGGAGCUACAGAGGAGGAGGUCCGGUGUCUGCGGGUGGCUCCAGAAGAACCUGGUUCCUGUAGAAGAGGACGGGAAUGAGCUGAGGGUGGCGGGGGUUCUGACCAUCAGAGCUCCAUACGGAGCUGAGGACUGCAGCAGCUCUAACCAGAUCAUCCUGGACCGAAUCCAGAGACUGAUCCAAGCCCAGCCCGACCCACGCCCAGAGCCUGAUCCAGGUCAAAGUGGAAUUACAUCCAUUCACUGAUACAAGUCCAACCAGAACCAGGUUCAAAGACUGAUCCAGGUCCCGUUGAACCUGGCCUUAUUGACCCUUAAACCCACUGGGUCCCGGUUCUGUUUCUCUGGACCAAUAGACUCUUUCUUUUUUUUUUUUUUUUUUUUGUUCUGGAUGUGGUUCUGAUUGGAAGAUUAAUAAAUCGGUUGUGU